AUGGGCUGCAGACGCACCGACUGCCUCUCAAAGCCUCUGUCGGGCCUUUUUGAAAAACUUGGAUCGCUCGUCGGCUCAUGGCCUCUCUAUUUUUUUGUAAUUCCUCUUGUGCUCACAGCGGCGCUCAGCGGAGGCUUCGCUUUUCUCAAAGACAGGGAGGACAAUGACUUUGAGCGGCAAUACACUCCCAAGAAAGGACCCUCGAAGGCAACCAGGGAGUUUGUCAAGGAGAACUUCCCCUACAAUGACUCGAUGUUUUCAGAAGAAAGGUUGUACGACCCGGGCAACUUUGCAUCCCUCAUUGCUGUAUCAACCAACAACUUGAAUGUGCUAGCAGAUCCUGCCUUUGAGGAAAUCCUCAGACUCAACAACAAGAUCCUUAAUAUCACUGUGUACGAUGGGACGCUAGGAUUCAAUGACCUGUGCGCAAAGGCCUACGGAGAAUGCGUCUCAAACAUCAUCCUAGACAUCGUCCGCUCUAACGAAUCCAGCAUCACCUACCCGGUGCACACAUACAGAUCCAGCCCGGUGUUCCUGGGUUCUGUGUUAGGCGGGGUUCAUGCUGUCAACAACUCACUCAUAAGUGCCAAGGCUGUAAAACUCUUCUACUACUUAGAUGAUACAGAAAGCAAAGCGAACGCCUCAAGAUUAUGGCUGAGAGGAUUUAAGAAACUUUUAUCCGAAGAGUUGGACAAGGAACACAUCGACGUGUCCUACUACACCUCCAAAUCCAAGCAGGAGGAGAUUGACAGUCACACCACAGAUGGCUUCCCUUUAUUCCUCAUCACUUAUGCCUGCGCCAUCACCUUCUCGCUGAUAUCCUGCCUGAGAUUUGACAAUGUGAGGAACAAGGUGUGGGUGGCUGUCUUUGGCGUCCUCUCCGCUGGCUUGGCUGUUCUCUCCUCUUUUGGCUUGCUGCUUUACAUCGGAGUGCCGUUUGUUAUCACGGUGGCAAACUCCCCUUUCCUGAUACUAGGAAUCGGCCUCAACAACAUGUUCGUCAUGGUGUCCGACUGGCAGCACACCAACGUUAAAGAGCCAGUGUCAAAACGGAUGGCUCACUCCUACAAAGACGCCGUCAUGCCCAUCACCAUCACUGCCCUGACCGACGUCCUCAAGUUCUCCAUAGGUACCACGUCGGACUUCCCGUCAGUGCAGUCGUUCUGCUUGUACACCACCAUCUCCAUCAUAUUCUGCUACAUCUACACCGUUACCUUCUUUGGAGCCUUCCUGGCUCUAAACGGGAGGCGAGAAGCCAGCAACAGGCACUGGUUUACCUGCAUGAAAAUACCGACAGACAGUCUCGAUGAUCGUUCUAAGAUACACAACAUCUGCUGUGUGGGAGGCAGCUAUGAUGAGGAUACUGGAGCAGAGAAAAAACAGCCAGCGAGUAACUUCUUUAAGGAUUACUAUGGCCCGUUUUUGAUCAAACCCUGGGUCAAGGGAGUUGUAAUCUUCCUUUAUGUGGUAUAUUUAGCUGCAAGUAUUUAUGGAUGUUUCCACAUACAACAAGGGAUUGAGCUGUACGAUCUGGCAGCUGAUAACUCCCAUGUUACGAGAUUUAACAAGAAGGAUAGAGAGUAUUUCUCUGAUUACGGUCCAUCUGUGAUGGUUAUCGUUGGUGACGAAUUCCCGUAUUGGGAUAGAUUAACGAGAUUAGGACUUGAGGAAUGCAUGUCGAGUCUUAAAAGGCUCCCAUUUGUAGAUGAGGAUAUCUAUACAUCCUGGUUGGACACCUACAUAUCGUAUGCUAAAGAAAAUAACUUAAACAUUGAACAUAAAUAUCUCUUUAUCAAACAUUUAGCACCAUUUUGGGAUUCAUUUCCUUAUUUCAAGCAGGAUGUGAACUUCACAGGAGAUUCCUUUCACGCAUCCCGGUUCUUCAUUCAGACUAUUAAUAUUGCCAAUGCCAGUCAGGAAAUCGACAUGCUUAAAGGUCUUAAAACCACCCUUGAGGGAUGCCGUGUAAAAUCUAUGUUGGUUUAUAACCAGAACUUUAUCUUCUACGACCAGUACGACGUAGUAAUCAAAAGUACGAUUAAAAACGUCAUCGUGAUCACAGCCGCGAUGUUGCUCGUCUCUCUCCUGCUGAUCCCAGACCCCCUCUGCUCGUUAUGGGUGGCUUGUUCGAUCACUUCAGUGACUGUCGGGGUUACCGGCCUCAUGGCGCUGUGGGACAUCCAGCUCGAUUCCAUAUUCAUGAUCAUUUUCACCGUUUGCAUCGGCUUCACCGUCGAUUUCUCCGCCCACAUGUCUUACGCCUUCGCUUCGAGCAAGAAAAGCUGUCCUAAUGACCGAGCCGUGGAUGCUCUCGCCAGUUUAGGCUACCCCAUACUUCAAGGGGCCUUUUCCACCAUUUUAGGGGUGUCGGUGUUGGCUACGUCUGAGUUUCACACAUUCAGGAUGUUCUUUAAGAUCUUCUUUCUUGUGGUGGUGAUUGGGAUGGUUCACGGCCUCAGUUUCAUUCCAGUAAUUAUGACAAUAUAUUCAUGCCACUCAAAUAAAAACAAAAAUAAAGACGAGAAUUUGAAAAUGAGCAAACUAUGACCGAAGCUGACACAUAUAGUUAGGUAGAUCCAUUUCCCCUAAUAUUUAGGAAGAAUGUGUAUAAAU